AUGUACGCUACACCCACUCCCGCAACUCGUCGACCUCGACCUCCAGGUUCUCGUGCUCGUCGCCUUUCAAACUCUGGGCGUCCAACUACUGCCCACGUCCACAAUCCAGACAAGCAACCCGCAACUUAUAGUCCUCAAUACGACCCUCCGACCAACAUGUCUACCCUACCUUCGACAUCUUCCGUCAAUUCAACAUCGGAAACACCUCUGGCGGCAUAUGUAAGAGCUCGAAGCGCUCAUAGUCGAUCUCAAUUGGCGAGGGUCAGCGCUAGUCCUGAUCUUCCGAAUGCAAGUCCACUUCAUGAUACGCGAAACGAUUCGGUCCGUUCGAGACCUUCUCAAGUGGGUAUGGGACUUCCCAGUUCUUUGAGAACAUCUCUCAGUAGCGACGCACAACCCUCUCCACCGCCGCCUUAUGGUCAAGAUCUUCCUCACGAUUCUACACCAAGACGAGAAGAGAGAGAAGGAAGGGAACGAGCACAAGGUACACCUGCGGACAACAUGGAAGAAAGACUCAGGAUGAGAAGAGCUACAGACGCUGCAAAGGCGUUAGGUUUAGAUAUGGAGUUUGGAUUCGACACUGAACCAGGAACACCUUCCAGUGAGAUCGGCUUGACGGAGGAUGAAAUCAAGGCAAAGUUGAGUGAAGCCAAACGUCUUCUAAAGCGAAGAGAUAAUGGUAGGUUUAUCUUUUCUGUCGAUCAAUCACAGCUGAUUGCAAAAGAAUUACUGAUGGCUGCUCGGGUGGCGGAUCAAGUUUUACGUCGACAUGAACAACUGGUCGCUGGUUUACCUCCCUCUCUCCGUGCAUCAUUACCCGGAUUGGGUGAACUCAUGUCGGCUCGCAAGAGUCGGGAAGGUUUAUCGAGAUCUAAUAGUUUUCAAGGAUCCCCUGCUCCCCCACAUAUUCGACCCUCCGCUUCAAACCAAGAGUUCCCACCAUCCACUCAAUCUCAACGCUCUUCACGAUCCCGACCUACCUAUGAUGUCCCCAUUCCCACUCCCAAUCCUGAAAAUCGGUUCUUUCGUACAGUUCGAUCUUCCGAUACUUCCAUGCCAUUCCCGUUUCAUAACCAACGUCACCGACCCAAGAUGUUCGAUACACCCGGUCCUAGUCCCGAUCGAGUGGAUUUUGCUGCUAUACAACUGCAGGAGAACGAGGAACGUUUGGCAGCUAUGGAACACGCACUUACGGAAGCAAGGGAAAGUGAAGAAGCUCAACGAAAACUCGCUGCAAGAUUGAGGAAAGAUUUCGAAAAGCUGCAAAGGGAAUACGACAGGGCUGAAGCUCUCAUGUCUCGUGAAGACCACGUUAUGGGGUACGGAACUCCUCGCGAUCGUCCAAAACCCAGAACAGAGGUUUCACAAGAAUCCUGGGGUAGGUCAGUAUCCCACAACGACAGAUCGAGAACCAAAGUUCCACAGCCAAAGACGACCGAGGAAGAUGAAGUGGAAAAUGAAAUCGACCGAUUCGGUUGGGGAACCACCGCCUUUCCUGAAUUCCCGGCUAGUGCUGGACCGUCUCGACCAUCUUCUCAGGGAGAUACAGAAGAUGAACUGCGUGAAGUCAUGGAACAUCUGAGUGUCCGAUCAAAUGGAUCUAUCCUCAGUCCCAGAAGAUCAGAAGCUUCCCCUUCUGUCAGUCUUCGGACACGUUUGGAUGAAGAGACGUCAAGUGUCGGUUCAGCAGAUGUUGCUACUGUCCAUCGAGCAAGUUCAGUUUCACGUCAAGAAGCUCAUCAUCUUCAAUUACCUCUCACCGAUCGAAAAAUUCGAAGGAGAGUUAGUAAAUCUAAUUUCUUGGAUCCUGAUCAACCUACUCAAACUCCUAUCGUUGAACCUUUAUCACCAUUAGCACCUCGAGUAACUCUUCAAGCUCCUAAUUCACCACAAUCAUCUUUUUCCUCUUCAUCGACGGCUUCUCAAGUCAUACCAAGUUCCAAUCAUUCUCAUAAACGUUCUCCUUCACCUUAUCCCUCUCCUCAACAUUCCGAUACUUCAACUGUUUCUCAAGGUCUAUUCGGUAUGUCACCCACCCCCUCUCCUCAUCCUUUACCACCCAUGACGUCCCUCAUGGCUAUGAGAGCCUACAUGUCGAAUAUUUCACUCAAUCGCGCACCUUCUCGAACUCUUGGAUCAGAAUUGGGUAGUGACUUUGGGGAUGAAUGGGCAAUACGAUCUUUCGACGAACGUUCUCGUACUGAACAAGGAUCUGAAGAAGAUGAUUUUGAAGAUCCACAACCUCUUCCUCCUAAUGUUUCUGCCGCAUUAUCAAGCUUGGCAUUGGCAUUAGCACCAAGUAUAAUGUUUGGUCAAACAGACUCUUCAGUUCCUAUCUUACCUAAAGGAUCUCUCCGUGAACCAGGUUUAGAUCAUCGAGCGUACGCUUUAUUGAGUGAAGCUGUCAGAAUGCGAAAGAUAAGAUGGGCGGAUCAAGAUAUUCCAAUACGUACUAGUCAAAGUACACCUGCAGGAUUAACGAAUCUCAAAUCAAUAGUUAAAAAUUGGCAAACUCCUUCGGAUCCUUGGGAAGGUAACGAAUAUCCAGAUGAUUUAUCAACAACUUCAUUAAGUUCUGUCGAACCUUCUCUUUCACGUUCACCUUCACGUUCAAGAUCUCCAACACCUACACCAACAUUAACUACUCGUCCAAGUUUAGCAUUGGCACAUAGAAGAAGUAGUUCAAUUCAAACUCUUCAUACUAUUCAUAAUCUUCAAGCUUUACAAGUUUCUAUAUCACGUUCUCAAGCUAAAUUACAUUUCAGUCCAAGUUCGAAGAAAGAAAUACAAGAGAGAUAUGAAAAGUUGGAAAAUGAAAGAGAACCAAAUACCAUACCGGGCAGAGUCGUUAAUGAUAUUAUCUGUUUAUUAUUUUUGGUUUUGGAUUGGAUUGAAAUGUUGGCUGUGGCUGUUUAUAGGGUAAUUAUGGACAUUCGAUAUGGACAACGAGCGACGUUGUGA